AUGACCGUUUACACCUGCGAAGACGAUUCUAAUUUUCCUACUACCACUAUUAAAAUAUCCUCUCUAAUACUCCACCCGGUCUGUUGCCCUCUGGAUACAAGAGUGAUCACCAGGAGUGUCAUGCGUAUGCUUCACAGGUGGCUGAUUUGGACAUACUUGGUGACUCUUGAGGAAAAUGGAUGGAAAUCAUCAUCAUUCGACGGUUGUGACUGCAUGAGCAUAAAAUAUCGCGUGCUCUCAGAGCUCGAGAUUUUCCACCCAGAACCUGCACUUGUUUCAAAACACCUGGAAAAUGGCAUGGAGUGCCUAACAGUCUUGCUUGCGUUGAGAAUAAACAUUGUCUUUGACAAUGUACUUGCUGCUUUAACUCUGGGAGAUAUGCUAAAUCCACAAUCUCCUGAUAUGCUCGUGAACGCCGUCUCCUUACUCCUGGUGGCGCUGCCCUGCACCCAUCUGCCACCGCUUCAUGUUGGAGGCGAGUCUCUUUCAGAGCCGCAGCAGGUCUUGAGCACAGCCAUAAUCAACCUGACUUUUUCACCUUCAGCUUCCACGACGAAGAAGAAAUCUUCUGAACGGCGAAAGAUAAGUCGUAAAGUCCCAAUCAUAGGGAUAUGGCUUUGGAUACCCCCAGAAGGGCAAACAUGCUGUCAUUUACCAUUCAACGCGCUUGGGAUUGUCCCUGCGGUUUCUCAACUUAUCAACAGCAGCCCAUUAUCGUCUCUUCCCCCUAUUGCUGUUGGGAUCCUACCUCGGAUGAGAAUGGCGGAGCCAAAUAGAGAGACAUUUGACAUGCGGGCUAAGCGCUCGACUCGGAGAUAUUAA